AUGGCCGACGCCGACAAGCCUCAACAGAAGCCGCCGCCCUCGACGACGAAAAAGAAAACGAAAGCCCAGACCGCCGCCAUGAAGGAGCAGAUGGCCAAGAUGCAGAAGUUGCUACAGGCCCAGCGCCAGUCGUUAGAAGCGCUGCAGAAGAAGAAGGGCAAGAAAGGGAGUACGGUGCAAGCGCCGGCACCAGCGGCACCACCGCCGAUGCCGGUCAUGGGCGGUGUGUUAGCGCCCAUCGGCGCGCCGCCCUUCGGCAUGGUGCCGCCUCCUUUGCCUAUCCCUCUACAACCGAUCACGCUGGGGGCCAUGGUGCCACCCACACCAUUGAUGCCGCUGCCCUUUGGCAGCGUGCCGCCGCCCUUCGGCGCCGCGCCGCCGGCGUUCGGGGCCGGCGUGCCGGCUCCUGCACCAAAGAAGCGGUCGCGGUCGCGGUCGCGGGGCCGGCGGCGGCGGUCGCGGUCGCGGUCGCGAGGACGACGGCGACGGUCGCGGUCUCGUUCAAGAGGGAGACGCCGCGACCGCGACCGGAAGCGCCGCUCGCCGUCCGAGGACUCCGCCGAGAAGCGUCGGAGGCGGCGGAGGUAUGGAGACGACUCGGGGUCGUCCUCGGGGUCGUCGAGCGACGGUUAAUGUUGUUUAAAAUUA